AUGAGUCCGGAGACUGGAUCGAGUCACAUUCCAUCAAUCAGUCCCUUGCUCCCCGAAGCCAACUGCCACUUCACCACAGAGCCAAACCGCGUUGGUAAGAACAACAAACAUGGCGUCUGCGAGCGUGUGCGGAGAGCGGCGAAGGAGCGGCUGGGCUCCAAGGCUUCUACAUUUAACUAG